CACAUUUAGAAAGGUUUUCACUUUAAAAGCAGAUGAUGGGAUGUAUUUACGAGGGGGAGAGGCGCUCUCCAAGGUGCUGACCGCCUCUUUCUCUUCCUUGUAGAAAAGCUCGACAUGGUUCACUUCAUAAAUACUGUAAGCUACAUUUUCAUGUUAGUCUCUGACAAGAACAUAUAAAUAUGUAGGUUUCUGCAUGCUCACCUUCACAGAGGUUUGGCACCAUAUAUAAACCACACAGAAAAAACAGAUGCGUGGAUGGAGGAGUGGAGGUAGGGGCUGCACACAAGAGGUGGAGAGGGAAGUUUUAAGGUUUACUUCAUCUACAGAAUCUCGCCUGUCUGUAGCCUAAAAUCUGUAGAGAUUUAAACUGAACAGGAUGUAUGACAUCUGUGAAACAAAGAAGCAGGAGGACAUGAUGAUGGUUUCCUCGGACAGCGCGUAUGGGUCGUCAGCGGUGGACUCGGACACAGAGGAUGGACAGACGCCAACAUCCACCAGCUUCCCGUAUAACGAAGAGCUAACACAUAAGACGAUCCUAGUGGGCGACAGUGGAGUGGGCAAGACCUCUUUGGUGGUUCAGUACGACCAGGGCAAGUUCAUCGCAGGGUCCUUCACCGCCACCGUCGGCAUUGGCUUCACUGUGUCACUUGGAUAG